AUGAAAAUAUCUGCUCCCUGUGUGAUACAGGAUACUGCAUGUAAACUUGACGUGAAUGUCAUACUAGUAGCUAAGUUCCAAUUUGUUGCAGAGAACUCCCAUGAAAUUUCGGUCAAUAAGGGUGAUAUAUUGAAGCUAUUGGAUAGACCAGGGAAUGGUUGGCUCUUGGUCAAAUUUAUAGACAAAUUGGUAAAGCCAGGUCUAGUUCCAGCAACCUAUGUUGAAAUUGUUCUUAACGAUCUGGUAUCUCCGGUAACACCAAUAUGGUUGCAGGAUUCCAGUCAACAUAACAGCAAACCAUCACUUAUUCUGGCAAACAUAUCACAUUGCCUACUCCAUGACGAAAGGUACUGGUACAGGUUGGAUUUAAUAUACUCUAAUGGAUCGGGAAAAUUCUUAUGUAAAUAUUACCUGGAUUUUUAUGAUCUUCAUUCCCACUUGCAGGCAAGCGUAAUUCAAUCCAACACUGUCUUACCCAAGCUACCCCAACCGAUACAGUUCAUAACAUCAAAAGAUAUGUCCUACAAUUUGUCACAACGCUGCAAGGACUUAAAUGCCUAUGUAAACGAAUUGGUCAAGAAUACUACUAUAGCUCAAAGCAAAGUGUUACUAGAAUGGUUAGAUUUGGCAAACCCGAGAAACACAGGAUUUGCUGUGAAGGAUUUGAAGAAAUUUAACCUUUCCAACUAUGAAAUAAGUCAAAAUGUCCAACCAAAUCUGAUUGAAGUAAAAGUAUGA